AUGCCCCUGCUGCCAGGCACGGUGGGCCUGGCAGGCCUGCUCUUCUGGGCAGGCCAGACAGUGAACGCCUUGAUGGCAAAUGUCACCCUCGCACUGGCCCAGACACAGGGCACAGCUGAGCAGCCUCUGAGUGCUCUGGGGGUGCCCCGGUACCGGCAGAUGCGCCACAUCUCUGCUCAGGACAUGAAUGCCUUAUUGGAUUAUCACAACCACAUCCAGGCCAGUGUACACCCACCUGCCGCCAACAUGGAAUAUAUGGUCUGGGAUGAGCGGCUGGCCAGGACAGCUGAGGCCUGGGCCGCCCAGUGCAUCUGGGCUCAUGGGCCCUCACAGCUGAUGAGAUAUGUGGGCCAGAACCUCUCCAUCCAUUCUGGCGGGUAUGGCUCAGUGGUAGAUCUCAUGCAGUCUUGGUCUGAGGAGAAGCGGCACUACUUGUUUCCAGAUUCGAGGGAUUGUAACCCGCACUGCCCCUGGCACUGCAGCGGCCCUGUGUGCUCCCACUAUACCCAGAUGGUGUGGGCAUCCUCCAGUCAGCUGGGCUGUGCCAUCCACACCUGCGGCAGCAUCAACGUCUGGGGCGAUACUUGGCACCAGGCAGUAUACCUGGUCUGCAACUAUGCCAUUAAGGGCAACUGGAUUGGAGAGGCUCCUUACAAGAUGGGGAGGCCAUGUUCCGCCUGCCCCCUCAGCUACCAAGGUAGCUGCAAUAGCAACAUGUGCUCCUCUGGGCUCAGAUCCAACAGGCUUCUGCGGUUCUGAAUUUUCCCUGGGCUCGGGUGGGCUACCAGCUGGGCCUGCCCUCCUCCGGGCCCCUUCCCAAAGACCUGGCCAGGGAAUAAUUGUCUUUUUUUUUAAACAACAGGAACUGGGCUCACUCCAUCGAUCUGAAUUUUCCCUCCUGCUUCCAUUUCCUAAAUGCCCAGCAUCUGUCAGAAGAAUACAACCUCCUUCUUUUUCUUCCUUCCUCAGUUACUCCUUUCUUUUCUAGGGCCUUUUUCUGUGGAUCUCUGCCUCGGUAACAGACUCACUUCUCAGAGAGCUAGGCCUGGGAGGAACAAAGGCAGCCGCAGUUUGGGUACUCUUAAGUCUCAAAGCUACAAGGCUUUGUCAUCCAAUGAAAAGUAUUUAUUAAAUCAUCUUUAGCCUGAAGCCCACCUCCAUUCAUCCAGUAACAGACAACCAGCUUCUGGGAGCCUUGGAGGACCUGGGGUUCCUUCCCUGAGUUGGGCGCAUUUCAAGUCCAAGCUUUUAAAAAGUCAUUGACAUUGGCUUGUGGACACCCCACUCCCACUGAGGUUGCUGGAGCCACCACAGGGAACAGGCUCCCCUGUUACAGAUGGGGACACCGAGGCUCAGCCACGGGGUGUGAGCUCCUGAGCACCGGCAGCUUGUCUGCGCCAGCACCCAGGUUGCAGCUCAGGUUCGGACACCCCCUGCAGGCUGUUCAACCCCUCUCUGGGGGGACUGAGUCAAAACCACAGCCAGGGACUCCCUUUCUGGGCCUGUCUUCUC